AUGGAGGUUGAUCGGGAUGCGGUCAAUUUGGGUCCGGCAGUGGAUGCUCAGAGCACUCCCGAACCCUCAGCAAAGAGUAGGCAGCCAAAGAGACGAAUCAUAGGCAGAAAAGCUGCAGCAGAACAAACCGAGCAACCACUCAACCGACAGACCAUCGAAUCUAGCGGCUCAAUACAAGCUGCGCAGCCCAGAAAAACCCGGAGAAUCAUCAACCAAGUGCCUGAAGACAUCCUCAAUGACGUUGAGAUCAACGAAGCAAUCGCCCUGCUCCCAUCGAACUACUCCUUCGAGAUCCACAAAACAAUACAUCGAAUAAGGUCCUCAGGAUGCAAGAAGAUAGCUCUACAAAUGCCCGAGGGGCUCCUUCUCUUCGCCACCACUAUCUCGGACAUCUUGACCCAAUUUUGUCCUGGAACAGAGACGCUCAUCAUGGGCGAUGUCACGUAUGGUGCUUGUUGUAUAGACGACUACACAGCACGUGCUCUAGGCUGCGAUAUCCUCGUGCACUACGCCCAUAGCUGUUUGAUACCUGUCGAUGUGACCAAGAUCAAAACGCUGUAUGUCUUUGUGGACAUCAGUAUCGAUACCUCACACCUUCUUGCGACUCUGGAGCGCAAUUUUGACUCGGGAAAGUCAAUUGCGAUGGUUGGGACUAUACAAUUCAACUCUACAUUACACACCAUUAAGCCUAUCCUCGAAAAGGUCGGCUUCAGAGUCCUGAUUCCGCAGAUCACACCAUUGAGCAAGGGAGAAAUACUGGGGUGCACAUCGCCACGUUUAUCGAAGGAUGCCGCAGAUAUCAUCCUAUACUUGGGCGAUGGCCGUUUUCACCUCGAGUCCGCCAUGAUACACAAUCCAUCCUUGCCCGCAUACCGCUAUGACCCAUAUUCGCGAAAAUUGACCAGGGAGACGUACGAGCAUCAAGAGAUGCAAGAGCUGCGAAAGAGCGCGAUCACACAAGCUAAGAAAGCGAAGAAGUGGGGACUGAUACUCGGUUCGCUUGGUAGGCAGGGCAAUCCGCAUACAAUGGCUUUGAUCGAAAACACUUUGGACGAGCGUGGAAUCCCAUUCAUCAACAUCCUGCUAAGCGAGAUAUUUCCUGGCAAGUUGGCUUUGAUGAGUGACAUUGAGUGUUGGGUGCAGGUCGCAUGUCCACGUCUUAGCAUUGACUGGGGUUAUGCAUUCCCGAGGCCGUUACUGACGCCCUACGAAGCGCUUGUGGCUCUUGAAACCAGAGAUGAUUGGGAUAAAGGCAAUGACGGUAUCUACCCGAUGGACUAUUACGCCAAAGACGGUCUUGGUCGCACGAAACCAGUCGAUGCGGCUUCUCUCCCGAUAUCUGCAAAAGGAUGA